ACGAGUAGUUAAUAAUUUGUUUAAGCAAUUAUGUGGUCUCUAACUGAUUGUGAUUCGUGCCUCUGCAUCGCCUGGCCCGCACUCUUUGGCCUUGGUAUUUAUUUUCUUAGAAAGUACAUGCAGGGCGGGCAGUUCACCAAGCAGACUAAUGAAACCGGCAAAGUUGUGAUUGUAACUGGCGCAAAUACUGGCAUUGGCAAGGAGACUGUCUUGGAGCUGGCUCGACGUGGCGCCACUGUUUAUAUGGCCUGCAGGGAUGAGGCUAAAACAGAGCAGGCACGUCUCGAAAUUAUAGAAGAAACCAAGAACAAGAAUAUAUUCUUCCGCAAACUUGACCUGGCAUCUCUGGCAUCUAUUCGCAAAUUUGCGGCUGAUUUCAAAAAGGAGCAAGACAAGCUGCACAUACUCAUUAACAAUGCGGGUGUUAUGCGCUGCCCCUACAUGGUAACCAGGGAUGGCUUCGAAAUGCAGCUGGGAGUGAAUCACUUGGGUCACUUUCUGCUCACCAACCUGCUGCUCGAUUUGCUAAAGAAAAGUGCACCCAGCCGCAUUGUCAACGUUUCCAGCUUGGCCCACACGCGUGGCUGUAUUGAUUUUAGCGACUUGAACAGCGAGAAGUACUAUGAUCCGGGCGCUGCCUACAGCCAAAGUAAAUUGGCCAAUAUUUUGUUUACACGUGAAUUGGCCAAACGCCUCGAGGGCACUGGAGUGACCGUGAAUGCUCUGCAUCCGGGCGUUGUGGACACUGAGCUGGGCAGGCACAUGAAGAUAUUGAACGGCACAUUUGGACGCAUUGUGAUCAGAAGUUUAUUGUGGCCAUUUCUGAAGACACCGAAGAGCGGAGCUCAGACCACACUAUAUGCAGCUCUCGAUCCAGAUUUGGAAAAAGUGUCUGGCGUCUACUUCAGCGAUUGCAAAGAGAAGAAGGUAGCGCCCGCUGCUAUGGAUAAUCAGUCCGCCAAGCAGCUGUGGGAAGAGAGCGUGAGAGUGACCUACACAAGGAAAUCAGAUUAAAAUAUAUU